AGAAAGGAACAAUUUGGCUGAUUUGUGUCUCUCUGUGAUUCUUUGUGUUAGACUGAGUGAGAUAGAGAGAGAGCUGCUCAUUUUAACUUCUUUAUACCUUUCUCUUUUCUCCUUCUCCUUUCUGCUCUCAAUCUUUCUCAACAUAAUCUACUUGGGUAAAAAAACUGUGUGUGUGUGUGUGAGAGAGAGAGAGAGAGGGAGAGGGAUAGAGCUAACUACUGCAAACCCUAGACCUGGAUACUUUUGAUCUAUUGAAGGAGAAUUAAUAUAGGGUCAUUUUGAAAGAAGCAUGGGCUCUAUGAAUUCAAACAACUGGCUUUCUUUUCCCCUUUCUCCCACUCAUUCUUCUUUGCCAACCCAAUUACAUGCCUCUCAUCCUCAACAGUUUUCUCUAGGUUUAGUCACUGAAAAUUUGGACAACCCAUUCCAAACCCAAGAGUGGAGUCUCGUCAACACCCACGGAGGCAGUGAAGUUCCAAAAGUUGCGGACUUUCUUGGUGUGAGCAAAUCCGAGAAUCAAUCAGAUCUUGUGGCCUUCAAUGAAAUCCAGGCUAAUGAUUCUGACUACAUAUUUCCUAGCAAUAGUCUGAUGCCUGUGCAAAACACUGUAGUAGCCGCCUCUAGCAACUAUGAGUUUCAGGAAAAUGCCAGCAAUUUACAGUCAUUAACAUUAUCUAUGGGUAGUGCUAGUGGUAAGGGCUCUACAUGUGAAACCAGCGGCGAUAAUAGUACUAACACAGUUGAAGCUGCUGCCCCGAGAAGGACUUUAGAUACGUUUGGGCAGAGAACGUCCAUUUAUCGUGGUGUAACAAGACAUCGAUGGACAGGAAGGUAUGAAGCUCAUCUGUGGGAUAACAGCUGUAGAAGGGAAGGCCAAUCUAGGAAAGGACGGCAAGUUUAUCUUGGUGGUUAUGACAAAGAAGAAAAAGCUGCAAGGGCUUAUGAUCUAGCUGCUCUAAAGUAUUGGGGAACGUCUACCACCACCAAUUUCCCAAUCAGUAACUAUGAGAAGGAAUUAGAGGAUAUGAAGCAUAUGACCAGACAAGAGUUUGUGGCAUCCAUUAGAAGGAAGAGUAGUGGCUUCUCUAGGGGUGCAUCCAUGUACCGAGGAGUUACGAGGCAUCACCAACAUGGAAGGUGGCAAGCAAGGAUUGGUAGAGUUGCAGGAAACAAGGAUCUUUAUUUGGGAACUUUUAGUACUGAGGAGGAGGCUGCGGAAGCUUACGACAUAGCAGCAAUAAAGUUCAGAGGGUUAAAUGCAGUGACCAACUUCGACAUGAGUCGAUAUGAUGUUAAGAGCAUUCUUGAAAGCAAUACUUUACCAAUUGGGGGAGGAGCUGCCAAGCGGCUGAAGGAGGCUCAAGCAAUUGAAUCUUCAAGAAAAAGAGAGGAAAUGAUCACUCUUGGCUCAGGUUUUCAAUAUGGAAGCUCAAGCUCUAGCAGGCCACAAGCUUACUCUUUAAUGCAAGCACCUUUUGAGCAACCCCAACAAUUACUAACCCUACAAAACCAAGACAUGUCCCAGUACACCCAAGAUGCCUCGUUCCACCAAAGUUACCUUCAAACACAGCUUCAUUUACACCAGCAAUCUGCGACAAAUUACCUGCAACAGUCAAGCCAAAACCAUCAGUUUUAUAACAGUUACAUACAAAACAAUCCAGCUUUGCUUCAUGGGCUAUUCAACAUGGGUUCUUCGUCAUCUAUUAUCGAGAACAAUGCAAGUUGUAAUGGGAGUUAUAGUGGUGGAUAUCUGGGAAAUGGUCUGGGUUUGGCUUCAAAUUCUACAGGGUCUAAUGCAGUGGGAUCUGCGGAGGAACUUGCUCUUGUUAAGGUGGAUUAUGAUAUGACUUCAGGUGGCUAUGGCAAUUGGUCUGGGGACUCAGUUCAGGGAUCAAAUCCUGGGGUUUUUACAAUGUGGAAUGAUUGAAACAUUGGCUAGUUAAUAUUGAAGAGCCGCAUUUUACUAUGCUUUCUUAGUGUUUUGAUUAGGCAAAAGGAGAAGAUGAUUUUUAGUUGAAACCCUAAAGAGGUAGGCCUCCUUUUAGAAGCUGAAGAAGGCUCAAUUUUCAUUUUGUUUUUUUUAUUAUUGUUGGCAAGAGAUAAUUAAGCUUAUAGGGUUUUUAACCGA